AAAAUAGGUAGUGAAAUAAAAUAUCCUAUAUGUUAAUUAGUAACCAAGGAAUGAAGUAGAUGAUGAAAUAUGUACAUGAUUUUCAUUUUUCAACCGCGUUAACACAAUGAAUUGACAGACAGACAUAAAGAAUUCGGUCAAUAUUUUUAUGAAACAAGUACAUUUUGUUUUGAGAAAACUGUUUUCAUAAGUUAUAGUUUACAAUGGCUAGUACUUCAAGUUAUAAAGACAAAGUUGUUUGUAAUCAUCAUCCUGACGCUCCACUUAUUGAGGAUUAUAGAGCUGGUGAUAUGAUAUGUUCAGAAUGUGGUCUUAUUGUUGGCGAUAGAGUAAUUGAUGUUGGAUCGGAAUGGCGGACAUUCAGUAAUGAAAAAGCAUCUGUUGACCCUUCUCGUGUCGGUGGUCCUGAAAAUCCAUUACUUAGCGGAGGAGAUUUAUCAACUAUGAUUGGACCUGGAACUGGUGCAGCAUCUUUCGAUGCUUUUGGAACGUCAAAGUAUCAAAAUAGAAGAACUAUGAGCAGCUCUGAUCGUGCACUUAUCACAGCAUUCCGCGAAAUCUCAUCGAUGGCCGAUCGUAUCAAUUUGCCAAAAACCAUCGUGGAUCGAGCUAAUAAUUUGUUCAAACAAGUACACGAUGGUAAAAGUUUAAAAGGUCGUUCAAAUGAUGCUAAAGCUUCAGCUUGCCUCUAUAUCGCAUGUCGACAAGAAGGUGUUCCUCGAACAUUCAAAGAAAUUUGUGCAAUCAGUCGUGUCAGCAAAAAAGAAAUUGGAAGAUGUUUUAAGUUAACAUUGAAAGCUCUCGCAACUUCUGUUGAUCUCAUCACAACUGCUGAUUUCAUGUCUCGUUUCUGUGCUAAUCUUGUAUUGCCAAACUCAGUACAACGCGCAGCAACUCAUAUCGCACGAAAAGCUGUUGAACUUGAUAUUGUACCUGGGCGUUCUCCGAUUUCCGUCGCAGCUGCAGCCAUCUACAUGGCAUCUCAAGCAUCCGAAAAUAAGAAAACACACAAAGAAAUCGGAGACAUUGCUGGUGUAGCUGAGGCGACAAUUCGUCAAUCAUAUAAAUUAAUGUAUGGACAUGCCAAAGCUCUUUUCCCUGAAGAUUUUGUUUUUGCAACACCAAUUGAGCAACUUCCACCAUUAUAAGAUGAAGCUCAAGACGAUAAUUCCCUUUGUCAGAACAAAAAAGUUUGUUUUUCAUAUCUAACAUUAAAAAUGUGUAAUAAAAAUGUAAGAAAGAAACAAUCUCGAAUAUA